AUGUCGUCCUCCAACCACUUCUCGCGCGGCGCCAUGGCCGCCGUAUUUGCCGCCCUCGUCCCUCUUUCCGCCGCACAACUCACGACGAGCUGCAACCCGAUGAACGGCUCUCAGUUCCCCUGCCCGGCGGACGCUGGACUAUGCCAGACGAGCACACAUGUCACGGAUUUCACUACGGGCGAUGAUAGCAACUGGAGGGCAGCGGAUGGCACGAAUCUCAAGUACACGAGUGAUGGAGCCGAGUUCACGAUUGCGGACCGAUACCAAGCUCCGACCAUUGAGACGGACUUCUACAUCUUCUACGGCCGCGUCUCCGUCGCCAUGAAGUCGUCACCAGGCCAGGGCAUCGUCAGCUCCGUCACGCUGGCGAGCGACGUGCUGGAUGAAAUCGACUGGGUAACACGGCCCCCCCCUCCCCCCCCCGUCAGCAUAGAGGAACAAACAACAACAACAGAUGCUUACCCGCUUUUUAUUUUCCUGCAGGAAUUCCUCGGCGGCAACAACACCAUGGUGCACUCGGACUACUUCGGCAAAGGCAACGGCACCGUGUCGGACCGCGAAGGCGACCACGCCGUGGCGACGCCGGUCGACGCCUGGCACACCUACACCAUCGACUGGACCGAGGAGCGGAUCGAGUGGAUCAUCGACGACGUCACGGUGCGGACGCUCGCCGCGGCCGACGCGCUCGACGGCGCAAACUUCCCCCAAACGCCCGCCAAGGUCCGGAUGGGCACCUGGGCCGGCGGCGACCCGGCAAAGUCGUACUGGACGCGGCUGUGGGCCGGCGGCGACACGACGUACAGCAGCGAGGCGGGCAUGCCGUGGACCAUGACCGUGGCCAAGGUCAGCAUCACGAAUUACAACCCCGCCGAGAGCUACAGCUACACCGACGGCACGGGCGACUCGGGCAGCAUCGCCAAGGGGGGCGCGGCGUGCAAGUAG